AUGGAGAUGUCUCAUACAGUAGUAAGAGGAAAACCAAAUGCUGCUCAGCUCCACCUCGACUCGGUGCUGGACGCCAUUUUGCUCGAGCAGGGAAUCAAACCUAGUGCCGAGGCGAGAAGCAAUGUCCCGCUCGCACAGAUCAUGUUGCACUGUUUCAAGCAGAGGCCAAAUGAGGUGUUCUUGAGUAACGCUGGAACUGGAAAAGACAUAACAAAUGAGCAACAUUUGAAGCGUGCCAUCUCUAUCGCACGCACGCUAACUGGCAUGGGUUUGAAAGGGAAGUACGCUAUAGUGGAGAUGAGGAACCACCAGGAGACGUUGGCCGUUUACUUCGCCCUCAUAUUUGCUGGAGUGAUCCCGUUCAUGAUGGAGCCUAACGCCACUGUCUAUGAACUGACCCAUUUCCUGAAGCUGGUGGAGCCCAGCAUUGUGUUCUACGACGGAGAGUUCGAGCAGGCGAUGCAAGAGGCGACGCGCGCCUGCCCCGAGCUGCAGCCCGUGCUGGUGGCUGCGGACCAGCCCGGAGUCCUCGACAACUUCACUAAAGGACAAUCCGAUGAUAUCGCAAGCUAUCGGGUCGCAGAGCGUGCUAUGGAUGACACCGUCAUUCUGCUGCCCACCAGUGGCUCCACUGGACUACCCAAAGCUGUGAUCUUAACGAAUCGAGGACUGACAACCGUUCUGCCUACAAUUUGGACGUAUCACUCCCGGUUCCCGACCCCGACGAGGAGAAUGAUGAUCCUGACCACCAUCCAGUGGGUGACGUUCACCAUGUUCACCACCACCAGCGUCGCGUACCACGUCCCCAUCGUGAUGACGCCCAAAGCAAUUACUGCUGAUCAUGUCAUAGAGAUCAUGGAGAAGUACCGGCCGACCUGGGGAUAUUUAGCGCCAGCGUUUGCUGUGUCGCUGGUACCUCUCAUCAGACCCGACCAGCUCAGCUCGUUUGAAAUAAUGUACCUUCUGGGUGCGCCGGCUAGUCCCACGCUGAUGGGCAACUUGAAAGCCAAAAUGACAGAGACAGCGCGUCUGUGCGACGGGUACGGCAUCACAGAGACACACGGACUCAUUGCCAUCCCCGACAAAGACGCGCCCAUGAAGUCCAACGGAUGGGUGCUCAACUUCUUGAACUACAAGAUCGUGGACGAUGAAGGUCAGGAGCGGGGACGCGGAGAGAAUGGCGAGCUCUGGGUGAAGGGGAGCAGUGUGUUUAAGGGCUACCACAAGAACUUGGCAGCGUAUGAGGAGGCGGUCACUCCUGACGGAUGGUUCAAAACCGGAGAUGAGUUCCACCUGGACGAGAACGAGCGGCUCUCAUACGUGGUCAGGAAGAAGAUCACCUUCAAACACAUGGGUGCUCAUGUUUCACCUGAGGAAGUAGAGCGAGUGAUCUGCUCGAUACCAGGAGUGCAUGAGAGCGUGGUGUGUCCGUCUGAGAAGGGAGCCGUCGCAGCCGUCGUGUUGUUGCCGGGAGCUGACGUCACCAGGGAACAGAUACAUGCUGUGGUCAACUCCACUUUGAGCGAGCACAAGCGGUUACACGGAGGGCUCGCGUUCGUGCCGUCGCUCCCUCACACGCACUCCGCCAAGCUGAAGAGGAAUGAGUGCAGCAAAUUGAUCGAAGAACUCAUUAAGAGCGGAGACUGCUAUUAAGUGGCUGUGAUGUGUUGAUGGACGGAGAAUGUUCUCGUUAAAGUAGAGCUUACUUAUCUGUGAUUGUGGACGUACGCACUGAAAUAAGUAUUAGGUAGCUAGGUCUUGUGUUUAAUAAAUAUUGUUUGUGAAAAAUAUAAUUUCU